AUGGAAACAAAUAAACCGAAAAAGGCUUUAAAUAAUAGUAAGAAGAAUGAAUCUGUGCGUGAAUCAACAGAUGAUGCAGCUAAAAGAGGUGUCAAAUCACCUCCAUGGAUAAACAAAGCAAAUCAAAUAAAAAAAGUUAAUCCCGUUGGGGACUCGAAAAAUAAUAAAGAUAGUUUGAAAAAGGAAGUCCCAGAAAAUGUAGCUAUUCCUGAAAAAGGGGUUGCCGUGAUCCCUAAAGCUGUCCCCGCCAAAAAUGACAUGAAAACUGAUGGCAAAAGUGAUAUGAAAAAUGAUGGAAAAAAUGUUGCAAAAAAUGUUGCAAAAAAUGACAGUGCCAAAAAUGAUGGAGAGGUAAAGGACCUGAAAAUGGACAAAAAUCAAUUGGACGAAAUCCGAAUAUUAGUUAAUAAUGAAAGUGAAUUACAUACAUUACCAUCUGGGGCUGUUGGGAGGAGAGCCCCGUUAAAUCCAUUUUCUUCACCAAUGCUUGGGAAAUAUAGAAGAAAAAAUGUUAAUGCCAAAAAAAAAGUCAAAGAUCCGAGAUUAACUAAUAAUCCAUUAGUUGGAAGAUUAGUAGUAUGCAUAUCAACUACAGCAAUUUUAUUUUGGGUGUUUUUUUCUGAAUUGAUAUUUAAUUAUAACACAUUUAAUGGUAGAUGUAUAUCUAAAGUUUUAUAUCCAAUAUAUACAGAAAGCGUAGUGUCAAAUAGAGAGCCAUUUUUUGUAUUUUUAGGAUAUGGUGCAUGUGAAUAUAAUUUAGAAGAAUCAGCUUCCGAUAGACAUUUUAUAGGAACACAAACAGCUGAUAAUGGAUGGCCGCCAAAUAAAGUAGAAGAUAAUCCAGAUGGUCGAGGAUAUGCUACAUGGGAUUCAGUAAAUAAUCGAGUAUAUAAUCAAUUAGGAGGAUUAAAUACAAAUUAUAUUAGAAAUUAUGGAGAAAUAUAUCGUUUAUUUUGGUCUAUGUAUUUACAUGGUGGUUUAAUGCAUAUAAUAUUUAAUGUUAUAUGUCAAAUUCAAAUAUUAUGGAUGAUUGAACCAGAUUGGGGUUUUUUAAGAACAUUAUUUUUAUUUUUUAUAUCUGGUAUAACAGGUAAUUUAUUAUCAGCUGUUUGUGAUCCAUGUGGUGUUACAAUUGGAUCAUCAGGUUCUUUAUAUGGAUUAAUAGGUGCACUAUUUGCUUAUUAUGUAGAAUAUUGGAAGACUAUACCUCGACCUUGUUGUGUUAUUGUAUUUAUGAUGUUAGUUGUUAUAUUUGGAAUUUUUAUUGGUAUGUUUGGAUAUACAGAUAAUUAUGCACAUAUUGGUGGUUGCUUAGGAGGUAUUCUUUAUGGGUUUGCUACAAUCACUACAGUUUCAUCAGCUGAUAAAUGUACAUUAGGUGAACGUAUGUUAACGUCUCCACCUUUUUCAUGGUUUUUAUCGAGUGAAGCAAAACGAUUAAUUGAAGAAAAAGCUCGAGAAAAAAAAAUUAAAGGAGAAAAUUAUCGUAAAAAACAAAUAGCUAAUAAAGUUCAUAAAACAGAUGCAUUACAUACUAUUAUGUCUGUUAUGAAAAAUAGAAUAAAUGAGGAAGGCAGACCAUCAUGUAAAAUGAAGCCAAGAGAAUGGAUUGUACGUAUCACAUCUGCAUCUAUUUUAAUUAUAUUAUGGAUCGUUUUAUUUAUCUAUUUACUAGAUGAAAGUGCUUAUCGAUCUUAUACACCAAUGGGGCAAAUUAAAUUUAGUGGAGUUCAUUCUUGUUUUUGUUGUGAUGUAGUUAAGAAAAUGCCUUUAACAGAAAUGACCAAAUUAUAUUGGUGUUUUAGCAGUCAGGAAGCAUUUGAUUAUUAUUGCAAGGAAUGA